CAACAACAACACUAUUUAUAUAUGUAUUCACUUAGACGUAUAGUAGCAAUUGUUAAUUGCUCGGGUGAUAAAACUUUGGUAAGUUAUCUUGAAGAGUACGAACGCGGUCGAAACUAAACGAUGUUAAGUCAAAGUACAGUUGUAAGAACCUCAACAUCUUUCGUAAAAGAGCGCUUAGCAUCAAGUUCAAUAAAUACGGUGCGCUAAUCAAUUUAUAAAUAUUUGUUUUCCCUUAAAAGUGAUUUGUUUCUAUUGUUUUACAAUUAAUUACAUUCCAAAAUGUAUAAAUGGUUUUUCGCCGGUGCUGCAGCGGUUAUUAUACCGUUAUUAUUAGUUUAUCUCAUAAAAAAUAAAAGAUAUAAAUUCUUUUAUUUUGCAUAUAAGACAUUCAACAGAGAUAUCCGAGCUGCUAAAUACUUUUUGCAAAUGAACGUACAACUUGGAAAAUGGAAUAGGAAGAAGAAAACACUGCCAAAACUUUUUGAAGAAAUUGUGAAAGAAUACCCAAACAAAAUAGCGUUCUAUUUUGAGGACGAACAAUGGACUUUUACACAGCUCGACCAAUUCAGCAAUCAAAUAGCAAAUCAUUUUAAGGAGAAGGGUUACAAAAAAGGAGAUAUUGUCGCCUUAAUGCUGGAAAAUCGUCCUGAAUACGUGGGUAUAUGGCUGGGUUUGUCAAAAUUGGGAAUACUUACAGCUUUAAUAAAUACAAACCUCACUGAAGAUUCUUUAACACAUUGUGUAAACAUAUCUGAAGCCAAAGUACUUAUACAUGGAGGAUUAUAUGAAACUGUUAUUAACAAUAUUAAAGAAAAACUUAAAGUUCAACAUAUAUACCAAUUUAAUGAAGAAAUAUCCAAAACAUCAAUCCUAAAUGGUUCCUUAAACUUGAUGCAAGAAAUACAAUCUGCUUCAAAAACCGAACUUCCAGAAACACUGCUUGGCGAACCCCAAGACAAACUUUUCUACAUUUAUACAUCUGGCACCACUGGACUUCCUAAGGCUGCUGUUUUAACAAAUCUCAGGUUUAUGUACAUCACGUGUGGUAUGCACAUUUUUGGCUGCUUUGAUGUAUAUGAUAUUAUUUAUACUCCUUUACCACUGUACCACACCGCUGGAGGUAUUAUGGGUAUUGGGCAAACUUUGAUAUAUGGAAAUUCAAUGGCUUUAAGAAAGAAAUUCUCCGCCAGCAAUUAUUGGGCUGAUUGUAAGAAAUACAACUGCACUAUUGCUCAGUAUAUUGGAGAAAUGUGUCGUUAUAUUUUAAUUGCCUAUAAAGAAGAAACACCAAUUGAUCACCCAGUUAAAAUAAUGUUUGGAAAUGGUCUAAGACCACAAAUAUGGAAGAAGUUUGUGGAAACUUUUAAAAUUGAAAAAGUAUUUGAAUUCUAUGGUGCAACAGAAGGAAACUCUAAUUUAAUGAAUAUAGACAACAAAGAAGGCGCAGUUGGUUUUGUUCCCAGACUUUCUAUGGGACUGUACCCAGUAUCCUUGAUAAAAAGCGACGAAGCCACUGGAGAACCAUUGAGAAACACAAAAGAACUUUGCAUAGAAUGCAAAAUAGGUGAACCUGGAUUAUUUAUAGGACGAAUUGAUGUAAAUAGAACAAUUCGAAACUUUACUGGAUACGCUGAUAAAAACGCAACCCAGAAAAAAAUAAUUACCGAUGUUUUUAAAAAAGGGGACGCGUAUUUUAAUACUGGCGAUUUGUUGGUACAAGAUGAGAUGGGGUAUUUUUAUUUUAAGGAUAGAACUGGCGAUACCUUUAGGUGGAAAGGUGAAAAUGUUGCUACGACUGAAAUUGAAGCUGUUAUUACAAAUUAUAUUCAACUAAAGGAUUCUAUUGUUUAUGGAGUAGUGGUACCUGGAACAGAAGGCAGAGCAGGUAUGGUUACAAUAGUAGACCCUGAUGGAACCCUUAGUCGAGAAAAUCUAUAUGCUAGUCUAAAAAAAAACUUGCCAUUAUACGCUAUUCCGGUAUUCUUAAGAAUCGCCAAAUCAAUGGACCUAACUGGCACUUUUAAAAUUAAGAAAAAGGAUUUGCAGGAUGAAGGAUUCGACGUUAAUAGAAUUCACGACAAAUUGUAUAUUAUAGAUGCUAAGAACUCAACCUACAGCCCUUUGACGAACGAAAUUUAUGAAAAUAUAAUUAAUGGAAAGUUAAGGUUAUAAUAUAUUUAAUGAGACUGACGAAAAGCUAUUAUUUAAGUGGUUUGGUUCAGUUAUUUUUUGUUUAAUUGUGCUCUUAAUAUAUAUUUUAGUUACCUAAUUUGUUUUUAUUUAAAAAUAAUCGAUAUUCC